CGAAUGAGCUGGGUGAAAGACUAAUACCGGCAACGCGUACGUAGACUUGUUUGAAAAAAAGGAAUGAAUGUUUAGCCAUCAACCAGCAUUUUGCGGUGCAAAAUGCUAAAUUAGCUGGAGUGGACUAGAAUUGUUCAUGAGUAUUAUAUUUCAAAUUUUGAAAUUUAUUCAUAAUAGUGGCAAAAACCUAGCAAAUCGCGUUGCUUUCAAUCACCCGAUCAAGAUGCCGAAGCAACGUAAGCAAGCGGGGGUAUCUCCCCGAUCGCGGUUCACUGACGGAGGGGGAGGGGCCCGCAGCCGUGAAACUAAACUUGCGAAACUUGGAAAUGGAGCACAGUCUCGGAAGGCAAAGGAUGAGGCGGCACAAUCGUCUUCGAAGUUCAUAAUGUUUCUGUUGACAUCUCUGAUGAUUAGCAUACCACUCAUGAUCUUGUGGUAUCAGCAUGUCCUUCGAUCAGCUGUGAAGACGCCGCUAAGCGCUCCACUUACCAUAGCGAGUGAUGCCAGUUCCGCCGCCAAAAGUCCCGGGCGGUUUUGGGGUACAUACCGCCCCGGCGUCUAUUUCGGCUUAAAGACACGCUCUCCAAAAUCACCUGUCGUGGGUCUUAUGUGGUUUCAACAACCAACUUCUCCUAGUCAAAAUCCAGAUCUGAAAUUCAGGCACACAUGUGAACAAGGAGAUGGGUUGGACAAGUAUGGUUGGAUUGAACAUGAUGGUGUUAAUUUUGGAAUUCAAGAUAUUUUUGAUGGUCCAUUCCAUAUCAAAACGGCUUUUGCAAAGAGUGGAGGUGGACUUCAAGGAGGGGACUGGUCAGCAUCUAUUUCUGUCCGAUACAAAGAUGGAGUAGAUAUUACAAAGGGGAAGAAAACACUGAGCCUCAUGUUUUACUUCGCUCUCGAUGGUCAAGGAUCAAUUGAACCAAUCCUGGAUGGAAAUCAGCUGCUGGGCAUCAAGGGCACCACAGAAGAGCUCGGGAAGUUUGUCCUUCGAUUCCCACAACCAACAAAAGUCAGGAUGAACAACUACUUGGUGUCCUACACUCCUGGCCUCCAUGCAAUCAAAGACCUUGUCAUGCGGCGGUUGAAGUAUCAUGAGUUGAAGAAGAAGAUCCAGCUUCUUGGUCUUGUCGGGAAUGACCAGCAAACGAUUGCAGCAUCACCUGAUAAGACAGCAAACAUCAUCGUCUAUCAAGUGACUGUAGAACCUCCAUACAUCAUGGAUGUUGUCUUUGAAUCUGGAAGCAAAGCGGACAGGGAAAAGGAGCUUGCUGGUUCCGAGUUGACAAGUCUUGUGCAGAGCUUCAGCAAUAAUUUCAACCAGCUUUUUGAGGAGAAGUUCGGGUUGAUUGAAAAGGGAUACGCUCCUGAUGAAGUAGUGUUUGCAAAAGCAACAAUGAGUAACAUGAUAGGAGGUAUUGGGUAUUUCUAUGGGAGUUCGGUUGUUCAAUCCAAGCAUAAUACGGAACCGGUAGCAUACUGGGUAGCUCCUCUGUACACUGCAGUGCCUUCACGAUCGUUCUUUCCUCGUGGUUUCCUGUGGGAUGAAGGGUUUCACAAUCUGUUGAUUAGCAAGUGGGAUCCAUACAUCAGUGUAGACAUCAUAGGCCACUGGCUUGAUUUAAUGAAUGCAGAUGGUUGGAUACCUAGAGAACAGAUUCUAGACUCUGAGGCUAGAAGUAAGGUGCCUGCAGAGUUUGUAGUUCAACAUGAUACAAAUGCUAACCCUCCAACAUUUUUCCUACCCCUCCAAUCAUUAUUGAGGGACGGAUCAUCUGUAAUCCCAAAGAAAGAGUUCACAUCCUUCCUAAAGCAUAUCUAUCCCAGGUUAGGUAAAUGGUUCCAAUGGUUCAACACAACUCAGUAUGGUCCAGUCCCAACAUCCUAUCGUUGGAAGGGUCGUGAUAGCAAGACAAAUCGCGAGUUAAAUCCCAAGACAUUAACCUCUGGAUGUGAUGACUAUCCUCGAGCAUCCCAUCCCUCAAGUGAAGAACGUCACAUUGAUCUGCGUUGUUGGAUGGCAUUGGCUUCAAGUGUGAUGGUUGAGAUAGGCAAGACCAUUGGGUUACCAUAUGAUCAGUAUGAGCAUACAUUGCAGGUCCUAACUAAUAAUGCCCUUCUUGAGAAGCUUCAUUGGUCCCCAAAGGCAAAAAUGUUUAGUGACUUUGGGAACCAUACAGCUAGAGUUGUGCUAGAGCGCCCUCACCCACCGCCCCGCCAACCAGGUCAACAACCUGUCCAGAUGGAGAUGGUUCGUGUUGUCAAAUCAAAAGUUGGACCCACCAACAAGUAUGUCAAUUCCUUUGGAUAUGUCAGCCUCUUCCCAUUCCUUCUCCACAUCCUUGACCCUAACUCUGACAAACUUGGCAAGACCCUCACCGACAUGAAAAACCCUGACAUGUUGUGGACCAACUAUGGACUUCGAUCCUUAUCAAAGAGCGAUCCGUUGUACAUGAAACAUAACACUGAACACGAUCCACCGUACUGGCGUGGAGCUGUUUGGAUCAAUAUUAAUUACCUAGCUCUUCGUGCCUUGCAUCAUUAUGCUAAUGUUCCCGGUCCUUAUGCUGCUCAAGCUAAAGAAAUUUACAGUGAACUCAGGGCAAAUGUUGUUAGUAAUAUUAUAAAGCAAUAUAAUAGGUCAGGUUAUGUGUGGGAAAAUUACAAUGAUAUAACUGGGAAAGGGCAAGGAUGCCACCCUUUUACUGGUUGGUCAGCUCUUGUUGUACUGAUGAUGUCAGAAUCUUAUUAGUCAUGUAAUUUUAAUUUUUUUUCCUGAAAUGAUGAUAUUCUGUUAUCUGAUUUGUUUCUUGAUUUUAUCCCAUUAAGUUCAUCAAAUCUUUGAUGCUGGUACCUGGAAUUUAUCAUGUGAAUAUAAUUAUUUUGAAUCAUAAAACUUGCCUUUGACUGUUCUUCUCUGGUAUAAAAUGAGAAUUUUAAGAUGAAAUACUGUAUUUCUGUACCAUUUUGUAUUUCUGUAACUUCCCAAAAUUGAUCACGCGACUUUAGCCAGCCCCCAAAAUGCUGCUUUGACAACAACAGCUUGAUCACUGGGUCAGAGAAUAGAAACAAAACUUGCCCUUUAAAAAUAUGAUGUGAUGGGGAAUGUAAAUAUACGUUGUGUCCCUUUGGCAGACAUCAAUUUCAGCAACACUUCGGCAAAACAAUAAUAAUCCUCUGUUGUUGUUUGUAAGUUGUGAACAAAAUAAUAUGAAUGUCAAUCUGUCCUUGUAAUGAUAGGUGAUACACCCCAAUAGCUUCCUGUUUUAACAUAGUGGAAGUGAAGAAACCCAAAUCAAGUUUGACAAUGUAAACUGCAUUUAGAUGCUUGUAAGAAUUCGAAUCUACAAAGAUUGGAUUUCAAAUUACGCUGGAUGGAAAAGAAAAGGAUUAAAGAAUCUAGUAAGGCACCUAAGAACAGUUUGCCAGCUUCAUUAGUACUGCAUUACCCUUAAUACUUUUGGACACAUAUUUGGUGCAGGGGUUAGUUAGUUCUUGAAUCAACAGGCUAUCGAUAGUCAAAUUAUUAUGUUGAUACAUACACCCUCCAAACAUGGUUAUUGUUUAUAAUAUAUGUAUACUUUCUUAUUGUCCAUCUAAUUCAUUCCAUUUUCAUUUUGCCAUAACCGUUAGAUCUAAAUGUGUGUCCCAUUGUAAACUGAAUGAUUUUACCAUAACACAUAUUCUCCAUAGACUCCAGCCUGCAUAUAUGCAGGCUCACUCUUCAACGGGUUAAUUUGAUUAGUUUAAAGGUAUCUGCUAAUGAAGUACAACUUCAAAGCCAUUAUACAGUACCUGCGAAUGUCUUGUUCUCGUAAAAGAACCAUUUGUUGGAUAAACCUCAGACUUUGCCCUCAGGUGUUAUUUGAUGGACGAUGAUCAAUCUAAUUAUUUUUGGAAUAACAAGUUCAAAAGGAUAUAAAGAACAAUAAAAAGGGAUUGUUUUGCAACAAGCUGAUUUAAACUUGGCUUAUUAACAGGACUGGAAAUUUGCACACUCAAAUAAUUACCUUCUACUUUGUGUACUUUCUUAUGAUAGACCUAUCUCUAGUAAUAUGUUCAUUUUAUUUUCAAAGCAAGACAUAAAUGUUUCAGUGUGUGAAAUUCUUAAUACAUUCAGUUUAAUGUUUGAAUAGUAGCACUCUGAUAGGAGUACAAAAGUUUCGGUUUUAGUAUAUAAUUUUUUUUUCUUUGUGUUGUGACUUUUGUUGUAUAGUAAUUAAACACCUCACCUACUUGAGUAUUGUACUUUUGUGUAUUUUAGAUUGUAUCAAGGAGCAAUACAGGUAUAUUUGUGUAUACAUGUAUUUGUCAAUUCUAAAAUUGUGAAUUUUCUGUGGUAUUUCCUUACUAGAUGAGAGUUGUAUGUUUUCCCUCCAAAUUUAACAUUUUAAAAUCCUUACAGUAGAUUUGGUUUAGUGCUUUAUUAAUAUCUGAAUCUUAGGACAUGUUUUUAAGAUAGCACGCACACUGGUUAUGAUCCAGUUUAUACUUUUUGAAGGUGAAGGUGUACACAUGGGCUAAUAUACAAAUAAUGCACGUAAGCGCGUGCAUGCAGUGCCAAAUAAUGAACGAUGUGCGAGAAGAGCCAUUGGAUAUACGGCACCGAGGUCCACAGGACCGAGUGCAGUGUAUCCAUUUGGCGAAUCGAGCACAGAGUUCAUUAUUUAGGUCCUCUAUGCCCAAGAAUGCGUGCUUUGUUUGUUUUAUAAACCCCCCCACAUGUUCCGAGUUGCCCCAAAUGCUAUAUUUGAUCUAAAUUCUAGAUUAUUCCAGACCUCGCACUAUCCUGCACUCUGACGUCAGAGUGCAGGAUAGUGCAUUUGGUAUGACGUCAGAGUGCAGGAUAGUGCAUUUUGUAUGACGUCAGAGUGCAGGAUAGUGCAUUUGGUAUGACGUCAGUGUGCAGGAUAAUAUACAUUUGGAUGACGUCAAAGUGCAGGAUAUUGCAUUUUGGAUGCCAUAGUGCAAUUUACUCAAUAUCAUACGAUCUGAUUUGGACCAAUCAGAUUACAGAACAUUCUUGGGAGUUGUAUAAUAUGCACUUUUUUGCAUCCAUUUUAGUGCUCUUCGUGAAAAACAUAAAUGGUGUUUUUAUCCCCAUCUUGGCUUUAACAUAUUUGUGACUUCAACAUAUACAGUUGAGACCAGAAGUUUACAGUACAUACACCCAGGAUAUUCAAAGAAAAGUUGACAUUUGCCAAACAUCAUAAAAUUUACUGUAUCUUAUAAAAUAUUUGCGCUAUCAUGACGAAUUUGAUAUCAAACAAAUGAGUAUGUCAUGCCCCUUCAUCACAUAGCUUUGUCGUCAGGAGCUGAAAAAUAUUUAGGUGUCAUUUUUUCCAAAAAAAUCUUUAUAUUUUAGACAAAUUAAAAACAAAAACUUGACAAAAACAUUUCAUAUUUGUACUAGUUACUUCUCAACAAUUUUUUGUUCAGUGGUGACAUAUGAUAGAAAAUGUAAUAUAAAUCAUAAAUUGACAUUUCUGUAUUUCUAUGAAAAGAUGUUUGAAAAUAUAAUAACUAACAAAUAGAAUACAGGGAAAGAGCUUAAUAUGCUCUUUCAUUUGAUACCAAACUUGUUGUGGUAGUAUUUAUAUUUCUGAAAAUAUAGUAAAUUUUACGACGUUUGGCAAGCGAACACUAAAUCCAUGGGUGCAUGCAAACUUUUUGCCUCAACUAUAUGUCUUUGUGAUAUGUAUUAUUAAAAGGGAUCACCCAUUGCCUUUCCUCCUGUACAAGAAAAAGGCUUUGCUCACAAGGAAAAUUGAGAAUUGUAAAAUUCAGAUUUCACUGUGAUAUAUUACAAUGACAAAUCACAUUUAAAGAAUUAUAAAGACUUGCCAGAUUGAUCAAGUGAUGUCUUAGCAAUUCAAAUUCAAGUCCAUCCAUUCUCUUGAUCAAGCGUGUAUAUUCAUUCCAAUUCUUAGACAGGAAUGUGUUUUGCAUAUUGAAAUCAUGUUUAAUCCUUGAAUCCAAUGUUUGUAAUGUAUAGCUGAGUUUAUCCUAUUGUAUACCGUACUAUGUUGUGGCAUUGGCCCAAAUCUGUACACUCCUUAUAAUAUAAUUUAAAAUUAAAACAGCAUUUUAAAACUCAAGCAUUAUGACCUUUGUUAUCUAUUUGUGCAAUGGACAUAGCAACUGUAAACAGUUUAUUGUGAUUUAAGCAUUAGAGGAACUGGGAAAAAAAUCUCCAAGAAUUAUACUUUCAAGAAGUAGUAAUCAUGCAGUACACAAAGAAAUGACUGUACAGUAUAUAUGAGGUAUUUCCUUCGGUAACAAAACAUAAAAUUGAGCUCUAUAAACUUGCACAUAUGUUUCAGUUUCACUGUCAAAUUCAAACAGAGACAUUGAUUUGGAACCACUCUAAGACAUGUAUGUAUUACAGUGUAUCUGUAGUGAUGUCAUUUAAACUGGAUAAGAGAUGCUUUGUGUAGGGAAUAUGUGCAUUUUCCGUCAAAUCUUGUAUGAAACUCCCAACAGAAUUCUGAUUUAAAAAGUGGAACUGCAUUUCCUUUCAUGCUUUCAGCUUUCCUCUUCUCUUUCAGUGAAGCUUGUAAGGAGAGAUAAAAGGUCUGGUAUUAUUGGCAAACUCCUUGUUCCUUUUUUAAGGAUCAAAUUUAAUAUUAUUUGAUUUGAUUUAUUAAGGAUCAAAUUUAAUAUUAUUUGAUUUGAUUUAUUAAGGAUCAAAUUUAAUAUUAUUUGAUUUGAUUUAUUAAGGAUCAAAUUUAAUAUGAUUUGAUUUGAUUUAUUAAGGAUCAAAUUAUAUUAUCUGCUCAGGACAUCACUUUAAUAAUUUCCUAUACUAUUUGAAUAUUUCAGAUGAAAGCUUGGGAGCAAAUGCGGGUAUGAAAUUCUGCAAAAUGCCUUGGUUUAAAUUGUCUUUUUACACUGACUUUAUUGCAAUAUUUAAUUAAAGUGAAAUGAUAUUGUUUUGCCCAAACAUUUGAGACAUCUUGUUUUAAAGAAAAAAUAGAUACGGUAACUGAUGUAUUGUUUGUGAUUGCAGUGUUAAUUUAAAAUAACAUGCAACUUAUUAUUCUGUGUAUCUUACCAUAAUACUACAUACACCUGUUGCAUGUUGAUGCCGGGGGGGGGGGCAGUCAAAUUUAUUGCAGUACACAUGCGUGACCAAAUUAUUUCCAAACACCCCUAAACGAGUUUUUCUCUGUGUGCAAAAUAACCCCCUAAACAAGUUUUAAGUGAUCCAGGAGUACAUAGAUUCUCAACGAUUGAUCUUAAUCCCCUUUUAACAUGGGAAAGGGGGGAGGCACUUGGGUGGGGUGGAUUAUGCCCCAAAAGUGCUAAAAGAGCCUUCGAAGUGGGAACUCAAAAAAGAGCCAUCCCUAUUCAUUGCAUUGUGAAAGCUUAUCCAAUGAUGCAGAUUUAGGAAGUAAAGUCUUAUUUUUUCUCUUUUAAGUGUUUUUUUUUCUUCUUUUGACUUGGGUAUUGUUUUUGUUCAUCGAUGUAGACUGUAAAGUAUUUAUGAAUCUGUUUGGGAAUUGUAUUUGAAUAUAAUUUUCAUUGGGGUCAUAUUUGGCUUUGAAGGUGCUUCAUGGAAGCUUAUGUACUUGUAAAUGAUUACAACAUCAUGUUGUGUAAUGUCACAAAAUAAAGAUUUAUGAAACUA